CACAGCAUUCAAACAUCUCCCCUCCGUCAGCCAGGGGUUUCUCCUACCUGCUGCCCGUCUCCUCAUUUCUCUGGAGAAAAUCGGAGAGAAAACAAGCGGGGAUAAAAGGUCCAUCCCUUUUAGUUUCAUAUCAUUGUCUGUAUCUUUUGGUGAAGCCGAAUGAUGUUCUCAUUCUAAUCACUUUUAAUUCGAGGCGCAGGUUUUUUUUUGCCUUUUUUGUGUCGGGUGAUUCCUAUUACUUGUGUUGGUGGCGUUUUGGGUGAAAACAUUAAAGGAAAUGUGCCAGACUGGAGUCUAACGCAUUUUUCGCCUCCUGACCGUCUUCUUGUUGGCACUGGACUUUUAUUGUGGGCAAUGGGAAGUAUUCAUUCGCACGAAGGCUGCUUAUUUUGUUUUUAUUUCUGAAGAUUGCGUGCAAGUAUGUUGGAGAAAUAGCCAUAGCUUCCGGAGUGCAAGGCCAAAUGACAUAGGAUGAAGGCUAUUCGUAACCUGCUGAUUUAUAUAUUUUCCACCUAUCUCCUGGUUAUGUUUGGAUUAACUGGUGCCCAAGACUUCUGGUGUUCCACUUUGGUCAAGGGGGUCAUUUAUGGAUCUUACUCUGUAAAUGAGAUGUUUCCCAAGAACUUUACCAACUGUACUUGGACGUUGGAAAACCCAGAUCCUACCAAAUACAGCAUCUACCUGAAAUUUUACAAACGCGACAUGAGCUGCUCGAACUACGCUCUGUUGGCUUAUCAGUUUGAUCAUUACUCGCACGAGAAGAUAAAUGAUCUUUUGAGGAGCAACGAGUCUAUCGUGUACCUUUGCGAUUCCAAGAAUAUCUACAUAUUUUUGCAGUACGACAAGAAUUUUGUCCAGCUUCGCCGGGUUUAUCCUUUUGAUUAUCCUGGAGUGACACACAAGAGAGCGGAAGAUCAGAGGUCAGAGCUGGAGUUUUUGGUUUUGAACAAGGUGAGCCCCAGCCAGUUCGGCUGCCAGGUGUUAUGUUCGUGGCUGGAGAACUGCCUGAAAGCGGAGAAGGGAACCGUGGAGUCGUGUGGGAUAGUGUACACAAAAUGCAGCUGCCCUCAGCAUUUAGGAGAUGGCGAGUCGGAAAAUGCACUUGUGCUUAAUAACGUGGUCCUGCCCUUGAACGCCCAGACUGAGGGGUGCCUCACUCCGCACCUCCGAACUGCGCAAGUUUGCAACCUUAGCGCUGAAGUGAAACGACCGUCUAAGGAGGAAUUUGGAAUGAUCGGAGAGCAUACAAUAAAAAGUCAGCGGCCAAGAUCAGUUCAUGAGACACAGGUCCCUCAGGAGCAAGCUGAUUCUGCUAAAUUUAUGGCACAAACUGGUGUCUCUGGUGCAGAGGAGUGGUCCCAGUGGAGCUCAUGCUCAGUUACAUGCGGUCAAGGGUCGCAGGUGCGAACAAGAACUUGUGUCUCACCUUACGGAACACACUGCAGCGGCCCUUUAAGAGAAUCAAGGGUUUGCAAUAACACUGCCCUCUGUCCAGUGCAUGGGGUUUGGGAAGAAUGGUCUCCCUGGAGUUUGUGCUCAUUCACGUGCGGCAGAGGCCAGCGGACGAGAACGAGGUCAUGUAUUCCGCCCCAGUACGGGGGCCGAGCUUGUGAUGGGCCGGAAACACAGACCAAACUGUGCAACAUAGCGCUGUGUCCAGUGGAUGGCCAGUGGCAGGAGUGGAGCCAGUGGACCGAGUGCUCAGUGACCUGCUCCAACGGGACUCAGCAGAGGAGCCGCCAGUGCUCAGCGGCGGCACACGGCGGCUCGGAGUGUCGCGGCCACUGGGCCGAGAGCAGGGAGUGCGCUAACCCAGACUGCACCGCCAACGGGCAGUGGAACCCCUGGGGGCACUGGAGUGGGUGCUCCAAGUCCUGCGAUGGGGGCUGGCAGAGGCGGAGCAGGGUCUGUCAGGGAGCCGCGAUCACAGGGCAGCAGUGCGAGGGCACCGGGGAAGAAGUGCGCAGGUGCAGCGAGCAGCGUUGCCCAGCACCGUAUGAGAUAUGCCCAGAAGAUUACGCAGCAUCCAUGGUGUGGAGACGAACCCCUUCAGGAGAACUGGCAUUUAACAGGUGUCCAUCAAAUGCAACAGGCACCACUAGUAGACGCUGCUCUCUCGAUCACCGCGGAGUGGCCUUCUGGGAGCAGCCCAGCUACGCCAGAUGCAUAACAAAUGAAUACAGAUCCUUGCAGCAAUCAAUUAAGGGGUACCUCGCCAAGGGACAGAGGAUGUUGGCAGGUGAUGGAAUGUCUCAGGUGACCAAAACCCUCUUGGAUUUGACCCAGAGAAGAAAUUUCUAUGCUGGCGACCUUCUGUCCUCUGUGGAGAUCCUCCGGAAUGUUACAGAUACAUUUAAAAGAGCCAAUUAUGUCCCAUCCUCUGAUGAUGUGCAGAACUUUUUUCAAAUUAUCAGUAAUCUUUUGGAGGAAGAAAACAAGGAGAAAUGGGAAGAUGCCCAACAGAUCUACCCUGUGUCUGUUGAGCUAAUGCAGGUGAUUG